AUACGUGACCCUCUUUCUUCUUCUUCUUCUUCCUCCUCUCCUCUCUCUCAUAUUUAUUCAUAGUUUCAGACCCAAGCUCUCUCUUUACUAAACCCACCUCUCUCUUUUCUCUCUUUCAUGGCCACUUCUUCCGGGAGCUUAGACACCUCCGCAAAUUCCCACCCGAGCAACUUCACCUUCCCCACCCACCCAUUCAUGACCACCUCCUUCUCCGACCUCUUAUCCUCCGGCGCGGACACUACAAACCCAAUAGCCACCGCAACCCGAAACUCCGGGUACGGGUUAUCGGAUCGUAUUGCGGAGCGAACCGGGUCGGGUGUCCCCAAGUUCAAGUCCCUCCCGCCUCCCCAGCUCCCCAUUUCGCCUCCCUCUGUUGUGUCUCCCUCUUCCUACUUUGCAAUCCCACCUGGGAUGAGCCCCGCCGAGCUUCUCGACUCUCCUGUGCUUCUCAGCUCUUCCAACAUUCUUCCGUCUCCAACUACUGGGAGUUUUGCAGCUCAAGCCUUUAAUAAUUGGAGGACCAAUUCUGGUUCUGGUACUAACAACAACCGGAGUGUUAAAGAGGAGCACAAGAACUACUCAGAUUUCUCUUUCCAAACCCAAACCAGGGCCCCUCCAACUUCAUCAUCAGCAAUUUUGCAAUCCUCAAACAGCUCAAUUCAGACUGCACAAGAGCAGGCAUGGAAUAACUAUCUAGGACUUCCCAAACAAGAUAACUUUUCUUCAGGGAAGAGUAUGGUGAAACCUGAGUAUGGUUCUUCAGUGCAGAGCUUCUCUUCUGAAAUGGGGACUAAUAUGCAGAGCAAUAACAAUACUCAGCCCAAAAGCAGUGGUGGUUUCCAAUCAGAUCAGUACAGCAACUACAAUAACAACAACAACAGCAACAACCAGCAGCUGCAAUCCCAUCAGUGCUUGAACAGGAGAUCAGAUGAUGGGUUCAAUUGGAGGAAAUAUGGCCAGAAACAAGUGAAGGGAAGCGAAAAUCCGCGGAGCUAUUACAAGUGUACUUAUCCGAAUUGCCCAACUAAGAAAAAGGUUGAGAGGUCGUUGGAUGGACAAAUCACCGAGAUAGUUUACAAGGGUAAUCAUAACCAUCCCAAGCCACAGAAUACUAGAAGGUCGGGUUCAUCAGCGGCUUCUUCCCAUGCAAUUCAGGCUUCCAAUCACACCACCAAUGACAUCCCGGAUCAGUCUUUCGGCUCUCAUGGUAAUUCACAAAUGGAUAACUCCAUUGGAACACCGGAGAAUUCAUCCAAUUUUUCAAAUGGGGAUGAUGAGUUUGAUCAGAGCUCUCAGAGAAGCAAGUCAGGAGGAGGGGAUGAGUAUGAUGAGGAUGAGCCUAAUGCCAAAAGAUGGAAAAAAGAAGGUGACAAUGAAUGUAUUUCAGCACCUGGGAGUAGAACAGUGAGAGAACCAAGAGUUGUAGUUCAAACAACAAGUGACAUUGAUAUUCUUGAUGAUGGGUACAGGUGGAGGAAGUAUGGUCAGAAAGUAGUAAAGGGCAACCCAAAUCCAAGGAGCUACUACAAGUGCACAAAUCCAGGCUGUCCAGUGAGGAAGCACGUAGAGCGAGCUUCACACGAUCUUAGAGCAGUGAUCACAACCUACGAAGGGAAGCACAACCAUGAUGUUCCUGCAGCCCGUGGCAGUGGUUCUGCCAACAGGCCUUUACCAAGCCACAAUACCAACAACAACAACAUGAACAACAACCACAAUGUACCCACAGCAAUGAGGCCUAUGACCCAUCACAGUACUAACAAUACUGCUAACAACAACCCUCUUGACAAUCUAAGGCUACCGACAUCAGAAGGGCAAGCACCCUUUACUCUCGAGAUGUUGCAGAGCCCAGCAAGUUAUGGAUUUGCAGGGUUUGAUAACCCCAUGGGGUCAUACAUGAACCAAACACAGCUCAAUGACAACAUGUUUUCUAAAACCAAGGACGAGCCAAGAGAUGACGCAUUUUUCGAAUCAUUGCUGUGUUGAUCACCCUGCAAUCUACAUCAGUUGCAUAGUUUUGCAAAGGUUUAGAGCAUAGGAAGGAGAUCGAAACUCAAUACAAUAAGCACACACAGAGUCAGUCAGGUUCAUUCCAUUCAUUGCCUUUUGUUAAUUAAUUUGUUGUGUUUUGUAUAUUCUUUUUUCACGGGGAUUGCUUUCUGUAUAUUCAUAAUUGUAUGUCAUAGAAGAAGUUUCUCAAAUGGCUUAUUUUUUCAUUGUUUUGAGGCUCGCCUCAAAUCAAUUUUUUUGUACCCCCAUAUGUUUCAUUUUUAGUGAAUAUUGGAUCCAAAGUUUCUAUC